UUUCUUCUUCUUGUUCUCAAUUGAAGUCAUAACACUAUAACCUGUGACCUAUAAAAAGUUGAUAUAGAAGUGUUUCUAAAGAACAUAUUGUGGUGAUUUUAAAUUGAACUAAUAUUUUAAGAAUGGAGCCAGUUUCAAGAAUUGUUAAGGAACAUGUACCAAAUUAUCUUUCAAACUUACCCGUUCCAAAUUCAAUUGGAGGAUGGUUUAGGUUAGGAGUCAAGGAUUGGCUGUCAAUGAUUCCUCUAUUUGCUGUUGUUGGAGGAGCAUCGUAUGCGACAUACAGAUUAUUUAGACCAAAAUCGCCGGUGAAUCCUGACAUCAAGAAAACCGACGCCAAAGUAGUCGAUAGUUUUAAUAUUGAAGAUCUCGGUGACAAGGCUGCUUUCUGUCGAUGUUGGAGGAGCUCAAAGUUCCCGUACUGUGAUGGAGCUCACGGAAAAUACAACAAAACUCACGGAGACAAUGUUGGCCCUCUGAUUAUCAACAAGAAAAAGUAAUCCCCCUUGCUCUCUGUCCUAGGUGCAACAAUUUUUAUAUUAGAUGCGAAAUAGUAUUCAUAUUCAUUUCUAUUUAGUCUAUUGCAAAUGAGGGACAUAGAAGUAGAAUCAUUUAAUCAAUUGUUUUUGAAUGUUCAAAAAAUCUUCUACUCUACGAAUGCUGCAAUUGGACUGUUGAUAUGAUAUUGCUAUAUUAAUGCUUGUAAAAUAUGGUGAAAGGAUAAUUUUUAUGAAUUGUUGUUAAAUAAAUAAAUACAAAAUGUUUUAUAAGA